CCUCUGACCUCUGGCAUCAACAAGGUAUUACCACCCAGAGAACCACUGCUCAUUGGAUUUUUUCUCUUUUUUCGACCAUUCUCUAUAAACCCUACAGCACCAACAACCGUGCCAUGUUCAAAGUCACUUAAAGCCAUUACCACUUGUCAGACUGGACAAGUCCUACAGGAUCAUAUGGGUGGGGUGGGGGUGUACAUAGGUAAGGCUGUGAAUAAUACCCAUGAAUCAGUGAGGUUAGGAAGUAUCUUAUGUUGAUGCCCUCAGCCUCAGUGUCAAUUAUUCUUUUCCUCUCUGUAAGUGGCUACAUGUGGCCUUCUAUUUUUGGCUGUGGAUUCAUAAGUGACAAAAUGAGAUGCACAGUAGCUUACUAAUAAUUUAAAAAUUAAACAUCACAUCAAGCUAUGCAUCCACAACAUCUACAAUGUUCAUUGUUAGUUCUGCAACCUAUAGAUGCAUAAGGUUGUGCUCAUACAUGACAAACCACUGAUAAUGCUAACAUUAUGCACUGGUGCAUGGUAGUUAGACAAGAGGAUAUCAAUGUCUUGAACUAGGAGACUCUGCUGUUACUGUUAUUAGUGUGUCACUUUGUGUGUUGACAGGCAAUUUGAUUAGUGUAUCAUGUGGGCAUGGGCACUACUUCCUGUUUCCCUGGCAGUGGUCAGCACUAUUGGCAUAUGGGCUGUGUUUGGAAUAGCUGUGUUGAAUGGGACCAUUGAUCUGACUGUUUAGUUCCCAUACAUCAGCACAUGUGGCUCCUAUAACCAUCAGAGCUGUCUCUUCUCACAGAUAUGUAACAUCUGUUCUGUACUUGCUCUAUGGAUUGUCUGUAUAAGGUACCAGCAGGUGAGGGAUUUGGAUUGUGCAUCACAUGUGAACACAGUCAGUUUUGUUCUGGGGUUCAUCUCUACAGCAGGAAUAUCUAUCCUGGGAAACUUUCAGCAAACUGUGGUUCUGGGUGCUCACUUGUCAGCCGAAUUCCUGGCAUUUAGUAUGGGUUUGGCUUACUUCUGGGUUCAGGUAUGGCUCACCUACCAUGCAGAGCCUUCACAUGACAGGAGGUGGGCAGGGCCUGCACGCAUUGUCUUCUGCGGUCUUUGCGCUUGCCUGGUUGUUGUCAGUAUCCUUUGUGUGUUCUAUAAACUUGGCCUCAGAUCUGCAACAGCUGUAUGUGAGUGGACUGUGCUAAUGUGCUUCUUUGCACUGUUCUCCAUUUUCACUGCUGAGUUCCGGCACAUUGAAUUCCACAACCUAUGUGUGCAGCAAGGGGCAAUCAGUAGUUCAAAUAGUGCACUGCCUGUGGAGCACUUUCAAUAGAGCUAGAGUAAUAUGGUGAUAUGGCUGGACAUGUGAUACACAGACAAACUCACAUGAUCAAUAUCAACAGUAUUACAUACAGUACACACCAAUAAAAGCGCUAUUAAAUGGUUUCCUUGUAUUUAAUUGUUUCUAAGCAAUGUAAAAUCCCAUUUCUAACCCUAACUGCCAUCUUUAAGAAGGAGGUCAUUUUGAUGUUCCCUUUAUGAUUCUCUGCUUUUCUAGAUUGGAACUCAGAGAUGCUUCAUGUGUUUGCAGUAUAAACUCAUUUUUACCACCCCCCUCCACCCCAUGCAAACUCAUAGGUGCAUGAAUACCUCAUAAUCUCCCAUUUUUCUCUGCAUAUCGUCAUCAAACUGUCUUGAGAUAU